AUGAACAAGUACGAAGUGCUCGGCGUGAUCGGAGAGGGCGCGUAUGGCGUAGUGCUGAAGUGUCACAACAAAGAGACCAACGAGACGGUGGCUAUCAAAAAGUUCAAAGAGAACGAGGACGACGACCCCAUGGUGCGCAAGACGACGUUGCGUGAGGUGAAGAUGCUGCGCUUUCUCAAGCACGGCAACAUCGUUGCUCUCAAAGAGGCGUUCCGCCGGAAAGGUCGACUGUACCUUGUGUUCGAGUACGUCGAGAAGAAUCUCCUGGAGGUAUUGGAGGACAAACCAAACGGUGUCGACAGUGAGCUCGUGCGCUCAUACAUAUUCCAGUUGUGCUGCGCAAUUCAUUACUGCCACACCAAUAAUGUGGUGCACCGCGACAUCAAGCCUGAAAAUUUGCUCGUAAACACAUCCAACGGUGAACACUCGCUGCGUCUGUGUGACUUCGGCUUUGCGCGCUCCGUCCCUAGCAAUGGAAAUGUGUGUGACUUGACUGAAUACGUUGCAACACGAUGGUAUCGCGCCCCAGAAUUAUUGCUUGGCGAUACCAAAUACUCCAGGUCUGUGGAUAUCUGGGCUAUCGGGUGCAUCAUGGGCGAACUUAUCGAAGGCCAGCCAAUGUUUCCUGGAGAAAGUGAGAUUGAUCAGCUAUACUUGAUCCAGAAAAUGCUUGGCCCACUGCAGAAACGACACAUGGAGUUGUUUGCAACAAACCCUCGCUUCUCGGGGCUGAAAAUCCCCGAAGUGAAGGUCCCUGAAACGUUAUCUCGGCGAUAUUGCGGACGCGUGUCCAAGAAGGCCAUAAGUUUUCUAGAGGGGGCAAUCCAGCUAUGCCCAGAGGACCGAUUCACGAGUGAAGAGUGUCUGAAGCACCCGUACUUCGAGGGGCUGUCAUAUUCCGCCUCAAAGCUUACAGGAUCCACAACGAUGGACGAUGAUAUUGCUUCUGGAGCUUCUCGUUGGCCUUCAGAGCCUUAUGAAACUGGGCGUAGCAAGUGCUGGAUGUCCAGUCGAGGGGUAGCAAAAGCUGAGGAGAAGAAUCCAGCGCUUUCAAAAGAUAAGCGUCGGUCGGGAAGCAGACGAAAUCGAAAGGAUGAAAGAGGUGGAAGCGGCCACACGACGAGCAGCAGCAGUUUGAGGAAGAUGACGGACUCGGUAGAAGACAUCUCGGGUAUUUCGGUAUCAGCGGUAUGGCAACCAGGCGAAUGUGCAGCACCUAAGGACGAUGAUGGUGGGCAGAUGAGCACCCUAAGUGGACGCCGUAAGAGCCGUAAGAAAGGUGGAAAUCACCUCCCAAAGCGUACAAGUGGUGGAGGCAGCAAAAAGAAGACGUCGUACGGUGGUGACUCUGCGUCCUCGACGAACGUAGGGCUCCCUUCGGGUGUCGGUAUCGCUAUGGUUCGACCGGUAUCACGACAAGUCUUGCUGUCCCAGCAAACCUUGCCGCGCUACCUACCGCAGCUAGGUGGUGGUUUGCACGACGGUCUUAGCGACUUGUCAAGCUCGGCAGUGAUCUCCUCCACUUCCAACGGAUGCAACCCAGCAGGCAACAUCAGCUACAGCGCCAAGAGUAUAGCAGGCGACGAAGAUGAAGAAAGUGGGCUGGCCAGUGUUUAUAACUACCCCGUUUAUUCACGGUCCUCUUAUGCAAAGAAGUCGUCCAAGAAGCUCCGAGAACGCACCCUGGACGCGCAGGAGUUGCUGGAGUUCAACUGA